UGCCAUCCCUCCCAAUUUUGGAACACAGCUACAACUGUCCCACAAAAAAACCAGAAGGCAGCUGCAAGAAUUAGCCACCGAUUCCACCCCGAUCCCCCAUUUCGUUCUGUUCUUGAUCGGAUGGCAGCCAUGGACGGCGGCGACAACGACGGCGGCGGGAUCCUGACCUUCGAGAAGCUGGAGAGGUACGCGAUCUGGGUUGGCGGGAGCGUGGCCGCGGCAUUCUUUACCUCCAUGGAGCGGUGCUCCUGCAUCCACCUUCACACCGUGGACGACGACGGCGACGAUGACCCCGAGGAGGCCAAGGACCGCCCCCUCAUGCUGUCCCGCCCCCAGGCCCUCCCCGAGUACUACUACGACCGAUCCGGGUCCUCCGCGUCCUUCGCCAAGAUGUGACGAGGUCAUCACCCGUACUGCGGAUCAUCAUGCGUGAUCUGCCCUUUCUUUGGUCUGUUUGUUGAUUAGUUUUUCUUUGUAUCCUCUUGUGAUUCGACGGUGUUAUGAUCUAAUUGUGUAAUUGUGUGAGGCUUUCAAGAAAUUCAGCCCUGCAUUGUUCACGCGAGGCCCGAACAGCCGAUUAAUCUAUAAU